AUGCAAAGAAAAAAUUUGUUUAUAGCGGGAGAGGCAGUAUACAUGACCUCGUGACUUAUACCCAUACUACUGUAGACUGUAGACGUACAGACUGUAGAUAAACGGAGGUGGGGGACAGAUAAUGGAACAGAAUUCAUCAAUGAAUGAAAUUCAUGUUAAACAGGGGGGAGUUUAUUGAUAUAAACUCUGUACAAAGUAGAUAUGGUAGAUAAUUAUGUAAUAAAUGAUUUUGUACUUCUGCUUUAUUUAUUAAAAAAAUAAAGUAAUGUGGGAUAAACUUAUCAAACGUUAUGUUUGUGUAGCAAGUUAUGAGUAUUCAAUUAUGGAACAAAUUAAUAAUAUUCUUCGUGAUGAUAAUUUAUAUAAGGCUGCUAUACAAGCAUUACAUGGUUUACAAAGCAAUAGUAAUUAUUUAAAAUUAGUAACAAAAGAUAAUUCACAAGCAAGUGCUGUUCGUAAAUUGCGUGAUACAAAAAAAUAUUUAAUCCGGUCUGGUAUUACACUUGAAAAAUUAGAUACUUUGUCAGUUAUACAUAUAGCAGGUACAAAAGGAAAGGGUUCCACUUGCGCAUAUACAGAAGCUAUUUUACGUGAACAUGGUUUUAAAACAGGAUUCUUUAGUUCUCCACAUUUAGUUAAUGCAAGAGAACGUAUAAGAAUAAGUGGGCAACCAAUAAGCAAAAUACAGUUUACUCAGAACUUUUGGAAAAUAUAUAAGAAAUUGGAAGAUACAAAAGAACAUGAAUCUGAUAUGCCUACAUAUUUUAAAUUUUUGACAAUUCUCAUGUUUAAUAUAUUUUUAGAUGAACAUGUUGAUGUUGCUAUAAUUGAAACUGGAAUUGGAGGUUUAUAUGAUUGUACAAAUAUUGUAAGAAAUCCUGUAUGUGUAGGUAUAACUAGUUUAGGAUUAGAUCAUACUUCUUUACUGGGAAAUACUGUUGAAGACAUAGCUUAUCAAAAAUCUGGAAUUUUUAAAUCAGGAACUGUUGCUUUUUCUGUUCCACAAUUAUCUCAAGCAAUGCGUAUAUUGGAAGAACGAGCAAUUGAAAGAAAUUGCAAGUUACGUGUUAUUCCAUCUUUUGAUGAAUAUAAGUGGGAAAAUCUUUCACCUAUUUUACAAAUAAAAAAUAAAGUUCAGCAACAAAAUGCAUCUAUAGCUAUUCAGAUGGCUACUGAAUGGCUACUGACUAGAAAUAAAGUUGCAUCUGUAUCUAUGGACAAGAUCGCAAUAGCAUUGACCUCUUGUAAAUGGCCAGGUCGAAUGCAAAUUUUAAGAAGUAGCAUUGGUGAUUUUUUUUUAGAUGGGGCACAUACCAUUGAAAGUAUUGAGUGCUGUAUUUCAUGGUUCAAUGAUAUAAGUAGUGGAAGUAAAGGAAAAAAGGUUCUAAUUUUUAAUACAUCUGGUACUCGAGAUCCAAUACAACUAUUAAUACCAUUAAGAUCUUUACAUUUUUAUAAGGCAUAUUUUGUACCAAAUCUUGUAGGAAUUAAAAGUUUAGACAAUGAAAUGAAUAGCUCAUCGACAGAUGAGCAAAGAAUAAAAUGUGAAAUAAAUUCUAAAAUAUGGGGAAUGAAUUCAGUAGUUGCAAAUAAUGUUCUUGAAGUUUUAGAAGAUAUAAAAAAGAACUUGGAACAAAAAGAUAAUUGUGAAAGGUAUCAAAUACUUGUUACAGGAUCCUUACAUUUAAUAGGUGCAGUUCUUGCUAUUUUAGAUCCGAAUUUGACAAUGAAUACAGAAUUUUAA